CUCUGGUAACAAUGAAGUGGUAGAAAUAGGAAGGAACAAGUACACCAUUUACAAGCAAGCAAAGCAAGCAAGCUCCCUCCUCCUUUCUUCCAUGGCCACCCUCUCUGCCUUCUCCUCCCCUCCAUGGCCAAACCCUAAUUCCGACCCUCCCUCCACCUUUCUCUCUCCUCCUCAACUCGACCACUCCGAUCCCUCUCACAUCCCCACCUUUCUCUCUCCUCCUCCUCCUCCUCCUCCGAUGCUUCCAUCCACCGCCGCCGACGAAGACGUCCAAAACCCUAACAUUCCCGAUCGUCCCUCUCUCCCUUUACCAUCUCUCCUUCACGUCGCCUUCAAUCAAGACUCCGGUUGUUUCGCCACCGGGACCGAUCGCGGCUUCAAGAUCUUCAACUGCGACCCCUUCCGCGAGAUCUUCCGGCGAGAUUUCGAUCACGGAAGCGGAAUCGGCACCGUCGAAAUGCUCUUCCGUUGCAAUAUCCUCGCUUUAGUCGGCGGUGCUCACGAUCCUCAGUACCCUCUCAAUAAGGUCAUGAUUUGGGACGAUCAUCAGAGCCGCUGCAUCGGCGAAUUGUCUUUCCGAUCGGAGGUUCGCGGCGUUCGUCUCCGGCGGGACCAUAUUGUGGUGGUUUUGGAGCAGAAGAUCUUCGUUUACAGUUUUUCGGAUCUCAAGCUUUUGCAUCAGAUUGAGACGAUGGCGAAUCCGAAGGGGCUUUGUGUGGUUUCGCAAUCUGCGGGAUCGAUUGUGUUGGUUUGUCCGGGGUUGCAGAAAGGGCAAGUUAGGGUUGAGCAUUACUCGUCGAAGCGGACCAAGUUCAUCAUGGCUCAUGAUUCGAGGAUUGCGUGCUUUGCACUCACGCAAGAUGGGCAUUUGCUUGCUACGGCCAGCACUAAGGGGACUCUUGUGAGGAUUUUCAAUACCUUCGAUGGUUCGUUAUUGCAAGAGGUUAGGAGGGGUGCAGAUAGAGCAGAAAUAUAUAGCCUGGCAUUCUCUUCAACUGCACAGUGGCUGGCUGUCUCAAGCGACAAGGGAACUGUCCAUGUCUUCGGUCUUAAGGUUAAUUUGGGAAACCUAGGGAGUGAUAAGUCACAUGGUGCAUCUGAUCUCAGUCGUUCUGUUUCAUCACCCACCUCAUCUCUCUCUUUUAUAAAAGGAGUGUUGCCGAAGUAUUUCAGCUCAGAGUGGUCUGUUGCUCAGUUUCGUUUGCUUGAAGGUUCUCAAUACAUUGUUGCAUUUGGCCACCAAAAGAAUACCGUGGUAAUUCUUGGCUUAGAUGGAAGCUUCUAUCGAUGCCAAUUUGAUCCCGUGAGUGGUGGAGAGAUGACUCAGUUGGAAUAUCACAACUUCCUCAAGCCUGAAGAUGCUUUCUAGUAAGAGAGUUUGUAUACCUGAUCUUUUUGUUUUGGCUUUUUUUAUUUUAUUUUUAUUUUUUUUAAUGGUUGUUGUAUACAUAGUAUUCCUCGUUGCUUUUGUUGUUUCUUUCUCUUCUGAUGGGGGAGUAAAUAUGUUUUGUAAAUAUAUAUAUUUAACAGUAUGCAACUAAUUUAACCACCAAAAUAUGUAAGAAAACAUAAAAAUAAAUUAUUUUUAUUUUUAUA